GACUUGAAUCAGUGACCUUCUUGCUGUGAGGUGAUUGUGCUACCCACUGUGCCACCGUGAUGCAUAAAUGAUUAUGUUUAUUAUUUUAAUGUAUUGUAUAUGACUAUUGCCCAGAUGCAUUACACCAGUGGGGAUAUCUCUACGAACAGUAUUAUAAUCUCUGAAGUGAGUAGGAAAGUCACAAACAGUCAUAAAGCGUUCAUAACACAGUAAGUUCCCCAAAUCAUCAAGUACAGAAAAUAAUCACUUGUAACAACAACUGCUGGCUGCUGGGAUUGACGUCAUUUUUGGAAGGCGCGUGCUGCUGGCUCUGACGUCACUCUCGGAACACGCGCGGGUUCUUUUAAACCGUAAUUUCUCUGUCGGAUUAUCAAACUUACAUUCCACUUUACUGCUGUUUACACUGUUUCCCAGCGCGCGAUGGCGAAGACGAUUGCGAGAACUGCGAGGUCCAUCGCGGCCCAGAUAAACGAGUGCUGCUCCUACAUCCACAGCAAAUACCAGCAGCUGCAGGCCUUCCGCCGACAAGUCAAACGGAGGACCAGACCCAAGCACUGGGACUGGAUAGAAGACUUCGAGCUCGAGCACGAGCUGCGCUUCCCCACCCGCGGGCCCCGGAGCCUGCUGAAGCUGCGGAACCUGCAGCACUUCCUGCGGGAAACCGAGCAGAACUGGUGGGACUUUCGGCCUCCGCGGGUGCCCGGGAGACCGCACCGCGUGUUGCGGAUAAACCUCCGGGACCGGCCGAUCAAAGCCCUGCUGAGCACCGAACUUUUCCCUCCGAAGCCCGUAGACCGCACCGAGAGACACUACUGCCGGAAACUGCUGCUGAUGGAGCGGCCGCUGGAGAUCAGCUUACCGGCAGACAUACUGGAGGAGAUCCGUGCGCUGGAGCAUCUGGAGGAGGAGCAGGGGCUACCGCCACACCUGCACUGCUCAUCCGGUCAGGAGGACUAUUAUUCCGCGGAUGAAGAGUGAACUUUAAUAAAGCACACUGUAAAAAGUUCAAGGGUGUUGUCCAUAGGAGUUAAUUUUAAAAAGUAUAUUUCUUCCAAUAAAUUGAUUACCUUUCCAUUUUGAAUUAAUUUAAGUUUUACAUAAGUAAAAAUUGCGAUUGUUUUUGUAACUUAUUAUUACCCAUCAAAAAUUUGUGUUUUACUGACCUUCAAAAUAAAUUGCUUCUACAAAACUCUAUUUAAGUGUUUAUAUCCAAAGUAAAACUUCACGACCCGCCCACAUGACGCAGAACGCAUGCAGAGCAACGACACCGUUGCUCAUACCUGUACCGGACCAGUUUCGACGUUCUGUGGAGUUUUUGAGGGCUUUAUACAACGUGCAACACAUAGAGAUGUCAGAAGCAUAAAUGACAUGAUGGCUAGGACAUAUAGCUGGGGGAGAAUGGAAGUGGUUGUCCAGAGCCCAGAUGUGCAAAAAUUAAAGAAAGAUGGCCUGCCCAGAAAAAUGAAGAAUUCUAAAGGUGUACUGGUGUUCCACAAGAAUCGGUUUUUAUGUCCCAGCUGGACAAAUAAACUCCAAAACUUCUUGACCUGUUUAGUGCGAAGGGUGCAGCGACUGGUGAAAACAUCAAUUGGAGUUAUUGGAACUGAUACAGGAUUCAAGUACCUCUGUGGUGCGGAAGAGAGACGUGGCUCUGAGAUGCCUCAUUGAAUACAUGGGAGAGAGUGGGCAAAAGCUGAUCUCUGACUACUAUGGAAAAACAGAGAACAGUGUCUAUGAAGACUUGAAAAUGCGCAAUAUGCAGAUAUAUGUCUGCCGUGUUCCAGAUGUGGUGGGCAUCAUCAUUGAGGGCAUCCCUGUGCUUACUCGUCUUGGAAACCACGCCAGGGCUAUGAACUUGCAGUAUCCACCACAACUCAGCAAAACAUUUCAGGUGUUUCAAAGACAUUUUGUGGGACUUGACACACUGCGUCCAAAGUCUUCCUCCUGAUUCAUGACACAAAAACUUCUGAGUUAGUUAAUUAGUUGCCGCUCAGAGGUUCUGUUUCUUUGCUUCAUCACUAUUGUUCAAUGGACAGUUUGACUUGGAACAAUGUGGUAGUCACGCACCGACUUCUUCAGUUUCUGGAUAGGUCUGCAGCAAAUAUGGGCAUUUGAUUUGCUUUUGUAUAUAUGGGGCAAAGUUUGUUUUGUUUUGUCAAAUGCUGAGAUCAGAGGCACUUUAUUUUUUUUAUUUCAAUGUUGUAGUACAUAUGAAAAUGUACUGUACUGUGCACUUAGGCUAGUCUGUUUAUGUAAAUUGCUCAGGUCAAGAUUCACUGUAUUUUAUUGUUAGUGUACAGAUUGCAUUUAAAGGUCUUCUAUGCUGCGCUUAAAGAUGAGGUUAGAAGUUUCUGUAAUUUUUAAUGUUUACAACAUUAACAAUAAAAUUGAUUAUAGAAACUUUUGAUUAGAAAUUGAUAAUAAGUGCACCCAGUUGUUGUGUAUGGCAAAUGUUAGAGUAAUAAACAUUUGACAAAUA